AUGCCCGUGACCGUCGAUCCUGCCGAUAUUGAGGUAAGUCAGAGCUUAGUUUACAACUCACACGUAUUGCUGUGCGACUCUUAGUUUUGAGAUUUUAGGACAUUCUUGCGUUGAAUCCGCGAGUCCGAACAACUGCCACUUUCAAACCGUCGAUUGUUACGAAAAAAGAAAAACAUAAUUGGAAAAGAAACGCCGACAAAGGAUGUUUUGUACGUUUAACACAUUACAUUCUUCCUUUCUUUAUUGCAGGUUUAACUGAUUUUUUUUCUAUAAAUAGCGGAUACCUUUGGUCUUUUUUGCAAGAAGACGAAGGCUUCGUACGUAAUAUACUCCUGGGGCGGAUGCCUUCGUCUUUUGUCGAUUAUUUUGUUAAACUUUGAAGCUUUUUUGAUGAUAAACUUGAUUAAUGACCCCAAACCAUGACUGAUAACGCCAGAUUUUAAUUUUUUACACUCUUGUGUCUGCGUUUAAAUUCUGUGAAUGUUGGUCCCAAAAAAUGAUGCCGUAUGUAAAAUAAUCAACCAAAAUAUACGUAGAAAUGAAUAAGAUUACUUCCAGACCUGUAACAAUGAAUAUGAAAACGACUUCCGUGACAUAAAACAUACAACUUUGAGUGAGCGCGGAGCUUUGAGAGAAGCCUGGCGAUGCCUCAAAUGUGCCGAUGCCCCUUGCCAGAAGUCUUGUCCAACUCAACUGGAUAUCAAAGCAUUCAUUACUAGCAUCUCCAACAAGGUAAUCGAUUUCAUUUUUUAUACAGUAAUCCUUUCGCGGUUUGCUUUGUAGAAUUACUAUGGUGCUGCCAAGCAAAUCUUUUCGGAUAAUCCCCUCGGGCUGACUUGCGGAAUGAUCUGCCCGACCUCUGAUCUCUGCGUUGGAAGUUGCAAUUUGGCUGCAACAGAAGAGGGACCCAUCAACAUUGGGGGCCUUCAACAGUUUGCAACCGAGACCUUUAUGAAGAUGAAUAUCUCCCAAACGUUGGACCCCGAGAUCGUAAAAAACAGGAACGCUGCGCAUCAGGAAAAAGUUGCCUUGAUUGGUUGUGGCCCUGCCAGCAUAAGUUGUGCAACUUUCUUGGCCCGUCUCGGGUACACUGACUUGACAAUCUACGAGAAGAAUGACUUUGUUGGUGGUCUCAGUUCGUCGGAGAUCCCGCAAUUUCGUUUGCCAUACAAUGCGGUUGACUUUGAGAUCCAAUUGGCCAAGGAUAUUGGAGUUAAGGUGGGUUACAAUAGAAAAAAUAACAGAAAUAUUUUUGAUUCACUUACUUUAUUCGUCCUUUUUGCAGAUCGUGACGCAAAGAAGUCUCCAUACCUCCGAUCUGACGCUGCAAUCCUUGAAGGCUUCUGGAAAUAAAGCUGUCUUUGUUGGAAUCGGAAUGCCGGAACCCAAGAGGGAUAAGAUUUUUGAUGGUCUGACGCCGGCCCAAGGAUUCUUCACCUCCAAAGAAUUUCUUCUUCUUGUCAGUCGAGCUUCAAAACCUGGGAUGUGUGGAUGUAAGACCACCAAACUUCCCAGUCUCCCCGGUCGAGUCAUUGUUCUUGGAGCUGGAGAUACUGCCUUUGAUUGCGCAACGGCUGCAUUGAGAUGUGGGGCCAAGAGGGUUACUGUAGUCUUCAGAAAGGGGUUCACUUCGAUUCGUGCUGUUCCGGAAGAGGUUUGUUUUUUUUGAAUGGUUAAAAGUCUUACUGUAGAUGGAAGCCGCAAGAGAAGAGAAGUGUGAAUUUGUUCCGUUCAUGACCCCCAAGAAGGUGAAUGUUGCUGAUGGAAAGAUCAGAUCCAUGGAAUUCACAAAGACAGAGCAGGAUCUCGAUGGAACUUGGUAUGAGGAUGAUGAACAAGGCCUCACUCUUAAGGCUGAAUGGGUUAUCUCAGCGUUUGGAUCCACUCUUAUUGAUGAAAAUGGUAGGAAUCUAAUGGGGGACGUAUAGUAUUCUAAUUUCAGUGAAAGCCGCGCUCUCUCCUGUCAAACUGAAUCGUUGGGGCCUCCCGGACAUUGAUUCCCAGACCCAGAGAUCCUCUGAACCUUGGGUUUUCUUUGGCGGGGACAUUGCUGGAGUUGCCGAAACUACCGUUGAAUCGGUUAACGAUGGGAAAACUGCUGCUUGGUAUAUUCAUAAGUAUCUGCAGAGUCUGCACGGCCAUCAAAUCACUGGAGAACCCAAACUUCCCAUGUUUAGAAGUGCAAUUGAUGACGUAGAUAUCAGUGUGGAGAUGUGCGGAAUCAAGUUUGAAAAUCCUUACGGUCUGGCUUCGGCCCCUCCAACAACUUCUGGAGCCAUGUGUAGAAGAGCUUUCGAACAAGGAUGGGGAUUUGUGCUGACUAAAACAUUCGGAUUGGACAAAGAUUUGGUGACAAAUGUAUCCCCCCGAAUCGUCCGAGGAACAACCAAUGGCCCCUUAUAUGGACCUGGGCAAGGGGCUUUCUUGAACAUUGAAUUGAUCUCUGAAAAAACAGAGGCCUACUGGUUGGAGACGGUUAGAGAAUUGAAGAGGGAUUUCCCCACAAAGAUUGUUAUCGCUUCAAUUAUGGCCAGUUUCAACGAACAAGAUUGGGUUGAAUUGGCCAAGCAUUCCGAAGCUGCCGGAGCUGAUGCUCUCGAAUUAAAUUUGAGUUGCCCACAUGGAAUGGGCGAACGAGGAAUGGGAUUGGCUUGUGGGCAGGAUGAGAACAUGGUCAGGAAUAUUUGCAAAUGGGUCAGGGCGGCUGUCAAGAUUCCAUUCUUCGCGAAGAUGACUCCAAACAUCACGGAUAUCAGAAAGAUUGCAACGGCUGCCAAAGAAGGCGGAGCUGAUGGAGUAACGGCCACAAAUACAGUCUCCGGAUUAAUGGGAUUGAACGCCAAAGGAGAGGCUUGGCCAAGGAUCGGAAAGGAGAAGAGAACCACUUAUGGGGGAGUCUCUGGAUCAGCCAUUCGACCGAUCGCGUUGAGAGGAGUCUCGGCCAUUGCAAAUGCUCUCCCGGGAUUCCCGAUAUUAGCUACUGGAGGGAUUGAAAGCGCCGAAACUGGGCUUCAGUUCUUGGCUUGUGGAGCCAGUGUUUUACAGGUGAGACUGAAAUUAGAAUUAAUUUGUAUAAUAGGAAGCUUUCACUAAAAACUUCCAGUAAAAAUCGACGUUCUCCUCCUUCCAGGUCUGCUCUGCCGUCCAAAAUCAAGAUUUCACAGUGGUGGAGGAUUACAAAAAUGGGCUCAAGGCUCUUUUAUAUCUUCGAGGAUUGAAGUCUUUGGCUGAUUGGGAUGGUCAAAGUCCUCCAGUGGAGAAACAACAAAAAGGAAAACCACUUCUGGCGCAGAACAUCCAUGCUCCGGCCUUUGGAAACUUCAGGAAGCAGAGGAAAUCACUGGAGCAAGAGAUUCUAAACAAGUCCGAUCUUCUGGACACAAGCUCGGUUACCUUUGCCAGGAGACCCGCAGAGAAGGUGGAGAAAGUGCCCUCUGUUAAUGUAAGGAGAGCUCUAUCAUAAUCAAUGAAAUUUUAUAGGAGAUUAUUGGAUGCGCUUUGGAUCGUAUCGGCGCUUACAAUGAGCUGACAAACAAAGAACAAAAGGUCGCCUUGGUUGAUGAUGUAAGUUUUUUAUGGUGAAGUGCUUAUUGCAACAACAAAAUAUAUCAUCGCGUAUCAAUUUUAGGAUCUCUGUAUUAACUGUGGCAAAUGCUACAUGACCUGCAAUGACAGUGGCUACCAAGCCAUCCGAUUCGAUGCCCAAACUCAUCUUCCAUUUGUCACUGACAAUUGUACUGGCUGCACCUUGUGUUACAGUGUCUGCCCUGUCCCAGAAUGCAUCCAGAUGGUACCCAAGACCAUCCCUCAUGUCAUCAAACGAGGAAUCCCACCCAAAAGUCAGGCCAAUGGAUCCGUUGAACCCGAAUUCAAAAAGGUGGCCAAUGGACGGGUUUUGCUCUCAAAUUAG